UACAUACCGGUAAUACUCUCUAUUGAGUAUUGUUCUUUUGUUACACUCUUCAUCCAUCUGACAAGUCUCAUCGAUAGUGAUGCUGAAGUAGUUUUGAAGUAAAGCUCUGUUUUGGAGAUGGCCGAGGACGAAGGCAACGUGGCGGCCGAUUUUGGUGCCGAGCCAGACGAAAGGAGAAAAAGGCAUCCCGUGGCAGUAUUCUUCCACCUGGCAUUUCGUGUUGGGGCGCUGGUAGCAUACUUGUUCCUCUCUAUUUUCGGAGUGUCGACCAUCACACAGUUCCUCAUUGUUGUCCUGCUGUCAGCGUUUGAUUUCUGGACUGUGAAAAACGUCACUGGACGGCUGCUAGUUGGUUUGAGGUGGUGGAACAAGGUGGAUGAGGAUGGGAAGAGUGACUGGGUGUUUGAAUCCCGAAAGGAUGGUCGCCAACCGUUGUUGUCGGAAUCUCGGAUUUUCUGGGGCUCCUUGUUCAUUUGCCCUGUUCUCUGGCUGUUGUUCAGCGUUAUUGCACUGCUACCUCCAAGUACAAGUGCCACUUCUUUUAUGAUAUCGCUGGUCGGUGUGUGCUUCACUGGUUCUAAUCUGUACGGCUACGUACGCUGUGCACAGGGCAAGACCAGCCUCAGAGCAGCAGCCACACAGUACCUUGGCCGGCGAGUGUUGGAAGAGACGCUAGCAUCCAAGACAGCAGCACAGUCCACCACAGCGUCAGCAUAGUGGGAGCGUUCACUCCAAGCAGAACGGGCAGUACCUCACACUUGCCCCCGUGCAACCAACGUACGCUCUGCUAAGUGCACUUGCAGUGAAGGCUGAACAAGGGCCGACUUUGGCCACGCCGGUGUCCUUUAGCAUGCCUUGCUGGCCAUAGGUAUAGGUUGGAGCUUUCCGUACGCAAUGUGUACACUGCUCUUCAUGAUGCACUCAAGCUGUGCCCGUGCCGGGAGACGUAACUGCCACCGGAAGUUUAGACUAGUCACUUAGACUGUCAGGUAGUCACUAGUGGCUCUCUAACACACGGUACUAACGCACGGACGUGGUUUGCGAAUGCUAUCCUAUGACACAAGUGUACGCCCCAGCCUAUGGCUGAUACUGUGAUUGUAAAUAAUCGACAUUCUUUUCGGAAGCGGACUUGAGCUUUCUUCUUUGCCCUUGACAAAAACCUAUUCGGAUUUUUAUUCAUAUCAACUCCCAACAAACCGCUGUUCUUUCUCUUCUCACUUUUCAAGUCUCUGUUUGUACUUUUGGCCUACAUGAACACUACGCAUCAGAAUUUUUUCAAAGAACGAUGUCAAAGUACAUUUUCUCACUAUGCCAUGGUUAAAAUUUAUUAAAAAAAGGUUGCUUGGAUCAAGAGAGCCUUAUUUUAUAUUAGUUGUUAUCAGUCAUUCGGCCUCUA